AUGCCCCCCCUCCUCGGCUUCUGCAUGGCGCUUGUGUGGCGUGUAGGAGAUGAAAUUAUUUUUUUUCGAGCUCUCCAACUGUGUCUGGGCUUUAUUCUGGCUUCUCUUCACGCUUUCUCACAUCGCAAACUUAACUUCUCUACUUUCUGGCUUGAGAAAGAUCUUGGAGAAUUUGUACUGCUUGUUGAAGAGAGGAGUUGCCGUGCAUCCAAAGCUGGAGCAGACGUGCGCCCAAGGGAAAGCAUGGAAGAGCCGAGCCCAAGGCAGAAGGAUGGAGGCGCUGGGCUUCAGAGCAGAGGCAUUGAGCGCUGGGCCUUGUACGCGACACAGGCUUGCACUAGGCAAGCAGGCCACAUGCGCUGGGCUAGACCACAAGGUGAGACACUGACUGACGCGGAGCAAGGGCCUCGUCGCUGCACGGGCUUGGCGUGA